AUGGACGUGAAACGGGUCCUGGAGAAGUAUCCGAACACACCUAUGAGCCAUAAAGAGAUCCUUCAAGUUAUCCAGAAAGAAGGACUUAAAGAAAUCAGGUAAGUUACCGGGACUUCUCCUCUUGCAUGCCUGAAUGCUAUGUUACAUACAAACUCCCGAGGGGAAGAGGGCAUUUUCUAUAAGGUCCCGGGGCGCAUGGGAGUGUACACGCUGAAGAAGGAUGUUCCAGAUGGGUUGAAGGAGCUCUCUGAUGGCUCGGAGGAGAGCAGCGAUGCCCAGUCGGACUCUCAGAGCUCCGAGAACAGCAGCAGCAGCAGCAGCAGCAGCGACAGGUGCAGUAACAAAGACGGGAAGAAAAGCAGAUGGAAAAGGAAAGUGUCAUCUAGACUGUCACAGACCUCCUCCCCUCAGUCAGGCUGCCCGUCACCUUCCAUCCAGGCAGGCAAAGUCAUCUCCUCAUCCCAGAAGCACAGCAAGAAGGCGCUCAAACAGGCCUUGAAACAGCAGCAGCAAAAGCAACAGCAGCAGCAAUGCAGAGCAGGCAUGCCCGUGUCGUCUAACCAGCACGUCCUUCUGAAGGCCGUCAAGGCAGCCAGUGACUCCACACCUGCAAAAUCCGCUUGGGAAGGAAAGCACUCAGAUGGACAGUCAAGCAGCCCUCAGAACUCCACCUCCAGUUCCUCUCCCUCUGUUAAGCUUGAUAACUCCUUGCCAGGGUUGGGGAAGAAACCAUUCCAGAGAUCUGACAGGCUCCAUGCAAGGCAGCUGAAGAGAACAAAGUGUGCCGAAAUUGAUGUGGAAACCCCCGACUCCAUCCUCGUGAACACAAACCUGCGGGCGCUGAUCAACAAGCACACGUUCUCCGUUCUGCCUACGGAAUGCCAGCAGCGCCUGCUGCUGCUGCUGCCGGAGGUGGACAGGCAGGUUGGGGCGGACGGUUUGAUGAAGCUGAGUGGCUCUGCGCUCAACAACGAGUUCUUCACUUCAGCUGCCCAAGGCUGGAAGGAGAGGCUGUCAGAAGGUGAGUUUACACCAGAAAUGCAGCUAAGAAUACGGCAAGAAAUAGAAAAGGAAAAGAAGGUCGAGCUGUGGAAGGAGCAUUUUUUUGAGAGCUACUAUGGUCAGAGUUCCGGAUUAAGUCCUGAAGAGUCCAAGAGACUGACGACAAACACCAGCCCUGCCGAGACAGAGACUGAAAAUCCAGCAGCUGAACAGCCCAAAUGCACGCCGGCCUCUCUGGCACCGCUCAAAGAGGAGCGUACUUCUCCGUUAGAGUCUAAAGCACAAGCAGUCCAGGAAGCACCAGCGAUGAAAAAAGGAGGAGAGGAAAGAAGAGAGGAGAUGCAGCCAAAACCAGCCAAACCCACAGAGGCUUCAGUUUCCCCGGGCGGGUGUGCAGUGAAACCUAGCGACCAUUCUCUCCGUGUGAAAGAGAGAGGCCAAGGAGAAUCCAUUCAAGAGAAACCACAAGCUGCCGUUAGUCAAAAGGCAGAAGAAGAGAGAAAGCACGCUGCAUCAAAGGAAGCCCUAGCGAAGGAGACUGUCGGUACCUCAGUUUUGGCCCUGAGUAAACCAAAGAGCCCCGAGGCAGGUGAAGCGGUAGCAAACGUGAGAGCUCCAGUGAUGACUCCAGAAACACCAGAAAAGAAGUCCCCUGUAAAUGAAGAAAUGGAAGUCAGCGUCGAAGCCCCUAAGAGGAAGUCAGAGAAUCGCGAAGAAGCUCUAACCACUCCGGAAAAAAAGCCACGCAUCAUGGAGAACUGUCAGCACCACCAGGCGUUUCGGACCCAGCCGCAGUCCUUUCCUGCAGCGGGGACCCCGGUGCCACGGGUGCCCCCACUCAAGAUCCCUGUGUCCAGAAUCUCCCCGAUGCCAUUUCCUGCGAGCCAGGUCUCUCCCAGGGCACGUUUCCCACUCUCACUCACCAGUCCAGGAAGAACAGGGGCCAGAACUUUGGCAGACAUCAAGGCAAAAGCCCAGCAAGGCACAGGGCCUGGACCGGGCGGCGGCGGGGGCCCACCAGGCGGCGGAGGAGAGAAGAGUAACGCAGCAACGAGCGGAACCACCGAAACUGGAAUUCGAGGAAACGCACUGGAACUGGCAGGAACUGGAAGCAGGGGAGGUUCGAGAAGGUUUCUUCCCCAUUGUCCAGGGACCCACACCCAAAUGGAGGCCCAGGCCGCGGACCAGGCACCACCUCGCAGUCCUUCUAGAGCACAACUACAGCAAACUUCCACACUGCAAUCCAGAGCCCCAGCCAGCAAUACAGGCACCAGCUCCUCCUCCUCCACGGUAGCGGCAUUAGAGAAAAUCAACAGAAUAAAGCAGAGCCCCCCCGGUAUGACUGUAAAUCAGGUUUCAGGCUCCCCGUACGCUGGCAGCAGUGACAAACAAGAGAAAGCACCUUCUGCUCCGGCAGGUCCGAGCCAGGCCUGCGGGGCGUCAGCUGUCAGGGAUGGAGCAGUCCGCGUCACGCCAUCCGCAGCAGAUGCCAACACAAAUGUAACUAAGGUAGCACCUACCGCCUUAGGAGGGACCAGCUUAGAUGUUUCUAAAAGCAAAUCUCCUUCCCCUCCGACGUCUUCACUCGCAUCCCCCAGCUCGGAAGCCCAGGCUGGGGGUGCGGUCGCGCCCUCUAACACUUCCUCCGUAGCGCCUAGCCUUAAAACUCAUGCAAGUUCGAGCUCAAGCGGGGCCCUCCCAAAGCCAAGCUCCAGUAUUCCUGCUAACAACCCUUUGGUCACCCAGCUUCUUCAAGGCAAGAACGUCCCUCUGGAGCAAAUCCUGCCGAAGCCUCUCACCAAAGCAGAGAUGAAAACUGUCCCGUUAGCUGCUCACGAAGCAAAAGGGGCAGCAGCGGCAGGAGCCGGGGCUACAAAGGUAGCAAGGGACGGGCCCGGGGGCGGGGGGGGGGGGAAGGGGAACGGCUCUGGAGCCGAGGGUGGUGAAAGACAAUCGAGUUUACCCACACAACAGCUUGGGAAGAUCUUUUGCCAGAACAGGCCUCUGCCUCACAUUCCAAGGUCCUUUCCGCUCCCCUCGGGAAAGGACCCCAGUCUUGACCAGCACCAGUGCCACGAGGCGCUCAGCAAAACGACGCAAGAGCAGAUCCUGCAGACUCUUAUCAAGAGGGUCCAGAGGCAGAAUUUGUUGCCAGUCCUUCAGCCUUCGCAACUGAACCUCACUCACUCAGGUUUCCAGUUAGAAAACAGCUCCACCAGCCAGAGAUUUAUGCUGGGUUUCAUGGGCAGAAGGACGUCCAAGCCUGCUAUGUCUGGUCAUUACCUGCUCAACAUCUCCACCUAUGGUCGUGGUUCAGAGAGUUUGAGGAGAGGCUUCUCCUUGAACCCUGAAAACCGCUUGUGUCUGAACAGUCCUGCUGAUGCUCCAAAAUCAGAAUUCGGGGAAUGCGAGGAGAUGGCUGGCCACGGCAGCAGCAGCGAUGAAGGAGAUGCAGAUGAUGAGAGUACUGGUGAUGAACGUGAACAUAUCAGUGUAAAAGAGGAGCCCCAGGCUGCCCAGGUUUCUGGUCAGUGUGGAAAAGAACAGGCAUCACACGGCAUAAAUUCAUCGGAUUACAGCACCCUUGCUAAAAAGGGUGUGAAGACAGAAGCAGCCACGUCUCAGCAAGCAGCAGUCAACAAGGAGAACGUUCAGGCAUUUGACGGAACUACGCUCGCGCGAGAUUUUAUUCAGGCCGCGCAAGAGCAAAUGGCACAUGCGAUGAGGGGGAAAAUGCACGGCAAUCCGGAGCUCUUCAGUACUUCUGUACCGUCCUUGGACUCUGCGCAGCAGCAGCCUCCGCUGCUUUCUCCUUCGCACCCUCCAAAGCUACCUGGAAAUGCUGCAGCACAGCUCAUUGGGCCCAGUUACAGCGGCACAAUUAACGUCUCCACCUCCCCGGACGUGAACCAAGGGUCUCUUAUGAGCGGGCUGUCUGAAUGCAAUCAGCUGUCCAGCAGCAUGGGGAACGUCAUGUCCUUUUCUGUGACUGUAACCACCAUCCCCACCAGCCAGGCUAUGAACUCUGGCAGCCACACGCAGCCCAUCCCCGUGCAAGCGUUCGCUGAAGACAGCAGCAUGGAGGAUUCCCCUUCCAAAUGUUACUGCAGGUUGAAAGCCAUGAUCAUGUGCAAGGGCUGCGGCGCCUUCUGCCAUGAUGACUGCAUCGGCCCCUCUAAGCUCUGUGUCUCCUGCCUCGUCGUGCGGUAACCGGGACGGGAGGUGGGGAAGAGGAUGGCUUGGUUUUGGUUUUGCUUUCGGAAGUACGUUGGGAAGAAACAGGAAAUUUACUGCCUUGCACAAGAGACGCAUUACUGAAUCAGGAAUACAGAGUAGAGUUCUUCUUU